AUGUACAAACAAGAGCUUCUGGAUUAUCACUCGGAAUCAUCUCAUGAAACCGAAGACGAGUAUAACAAGAAAAAAGUCUAUGAAGUGGUGACAGUCACUGGAGACAUCAGGGGAGCAGGGACCGAUGCCAACGUCUUCGUUACACUCUUCGGUGAAUUUGGCAUCACACCAAAAGUCCAUCUGACCAGCAAGAGCAGUUCUGCCUUUGAAAGAAGCAAAACAGAUGUAUUUCGAGUGAAAACCAAUAACGUUGGAGCCAUCCGGAAAAUAAGAAUUGAGCACGACAACACCGGCAUGAACGCCAGCUGGUAUCUCGACCGUGUGAUUGUGACAGACAUGAACAGGCCCCACCUCCGUUUUUAUUUCCCGUGCAACAAUUGGCUGAGUAAAGACGAAGGGGACGGGCUUUAUGUGAGAGAUCUGAUUGGCAGCCUUAACCCCAUGGAUGUCCCGAAAGUAAACAAAUACGUGGUCCGAGUGUUUACAGGUGAUGUCAAUGGCAGCGGAACAGAUGCUGAUGUUUUCAUUAACAUUUUUGGGCAGAACGGAGAUACAGGAGAGCGCAGGUUGGACAACGACAAGGACAAUUUUGAGAGAGGGUCAGAAGACAAGUUCACCCUUGACGCUCCCAAUCUGGGCAAGCUGAGGAAAAUCACCAUUGGGCAUAACAACAAGGGGAGCUCAGCCGGAUGGUUCCUUGAUAAGGUUAUCAUUGAAGACAUUGGCAACAAGUCAGUGUAUGAGUUCCCAAGCUACCGCUGGUUUGCAUUGGAUGAAGAUGAUGGCAAAAUCCAGCGCGACAUUCUUGUGGGAGGAACAGAGGCAACCGGUAUUGUUUACAACGUGGCAGUGGUCACAGGUGACGUUAGAGGGGCAGGAACCAACUCCAAAAUUCAUAUUGUCCUGCAUGGCUCCAAAGGGCUGAAAAACAGCGGGAAGAUUUUUCUGGAAGGAGGGAAGUUUGAACGGAGCAGGACCGACCUUUUCAAUAUCGAAAUUGCGGCUCUCCUUAGCCCCUUAAGUCGCAUCUCCAUCGGGCACGAUAACGCUGGCAUCAGCUGUGGCUGGUAUUGCGAGAAGGUGGUGGUGUACUGUCCAUUUACUGGAAUCGAACAGACGUUUCCCUGUGGGAAGUGGCUGGAUGAGAACGAAGCGGAUGGCCUGGUGGAACGGGAACUCUACGAAAUGCUGUCACUGCGUCGGAAAAGACUGAAAAAAAAUCCUUGGUCACUGUGGAUCUGGACGAGUGACAUUAAAGGUGCCGGAACAGAUGCUCCCAUUUUUCUCCAGGUUUACGGUGACAAAGGAAAAUCCGAUGAAAUGAAAUUAGAUAAUAACUCCGAUAACUUUGAAGCUGGACAAACGGACAAAUUCAUGAUUGAGCUCCCAGAUCUGGGUACGUUAUUCAAAGUUCGGAUAUGGCACGAGAAACGGAGUCCUUUUUCUGGCUGGCAUCUCAACAAGGUCACUCUUUUGAAAACUCUAACAAAGCAGAAAUACACCUUCAACUGUGGACGUUGGUUAGAUAUCAAUGAGGAUGACAAUGAGAUUGUGCGGGAGCUGGCCGCAGAAGGACCACUGGUGGCCGAAGUGAUGCCAGUAAUCAAGUAUCGACUGACCGUCUGCACCGGGACAGUGAGUGGAAGCGGGACCGAUGCCAAUGUUUUUGCAUGUCUCAUCGGGGAGCACGGAGACACGGGGGACCGGGUGCUCCAGAAUAGUGUGAACACUGUUAAUAAGUUUGAGAAAGGCAGUGCUGACGAAUUCAUCAUUGAAGCAGUCCAUCUGAAGCAGGUGAGCAGGGUGAGAAUAGGGCAUGACGGCAAAGGAGGAAGCAGUGGCUGGUACCUUGCCAAAGUGAUAGUGAGGGAAGAUGGACAACCAGAAAGUGAGGCUCAAGAAUUCCCGUGCUACAGAUGGCUUGAUAAAAAUGAGGACGACGGCCAGAUUGUUCGAGAGUUGGUUCCAGACGGGAGAUCGUCUAUGUUGGAAAAUAUUAGUUAUCACAUCAGUAUUAAGACAGGAGAUGUUCCAGGAGCCAGCUCAGAUUCGAAGGUUUUGAUCAAGCUGUAUGGUGAGAAAGCAGACACCAAAAAGGAACUUCUGCUGGUUUCUGAUAAUGACUUAGGAAAUUACUUUGAACGCAGCCGGAUAGAUAUCUUUACUCUGGAUACAAUGGACAUUGGGAAGAUCCAUCGGAUUCUAAUCGGGCAUGACAACGUGGGCCUCCAGGCAGGCUGGCACCUUGGCAGCGUUCAGAUUAUCAUCCCUGUCCAUGGCAAGAUGUACAACUUCCCAUGCAACCGAUGGCUUGACAAAAACGAAGCUGACGGGAAGGUGGAGAUUGAGGUCUACCCCAGCGAAAUCAUGGAGAUUGAGAAAUUGAUCAAUUACGAGGUCUGUACUGUUACUGGAGAUGUGAGGAACGCAGGCACCAACGCAAAAGUCUUCCUGCAGGUUUACGGUGAGCUGGGUAAAACGGAGGUACUGAUUUUGAAGAACAGAUCCAACAAUCAUGAACGGGGAGCCUUAGAAAAAUUCAAGAUAGGAGCUGUUGACGUUGGCAGAAUCUAUAAGAUCAGAAUUGGCCACGACGGGACAGGCUUCGCAGACGGAUGGUUCCUGGAAAACGCGGUCAUUAAAAAAAUGGUUUAUAAUUUUGUAGCCCAUCGUUGGCUGGCAAGGGAUGAAGAGGAUAAGGAACUGGUGGUGGAGUUGACACCAGAAGAGGGAUCUGAGCUUGAAGCAAACACCUACGAAGUCCAUGUUAUAACUGGGGUGAUAUGGGGAGCUGGUACCGAUGCCAAUGUUUACUUGAGCAUCUACGGUGAAAGGGGAGACACUGGGGAACGUCAUCUGAAGUACUCGAAUCAACUGAACAAGUUUGAAAAGGAACAGGUGGAUGUAUUCACUGUCAAAGCCAUUGACUUGGGAGAACUGAAGAAACUGAGAAUUCGCCAUGAUGAUUCUGGAAGCAAUUCAGCCUGGUUCCUGGAAAGAAUUGAUAUCAUUGACACCAAAGAGGAUAGCAUUUAUUAUUUCCCCUGCCAGAGAUGGUUGGCAGUGGAAGAAGAUGACGGUCAGAUUGCCAGGGAGCUGGUCCCAGUGGCUGAAGCGUUCGUGAUGAAGGGUUCGGAGAACGCAGGCUCUGUGGCAACCCUCGGGCUGGAACAGAAAGCUAAUUCAACUACAUUCACAGUACGAGUGAAAACAGGAGACAAGAAAAACGCUGGGACAGACUCCAAUGUCUUUAUCAUCCUUUACGGAUCGAAAGAUGACACAGGGACAAUCUACCUGAAGGCUUCCAAGACCAACCGGAACAAAUUUGAGCGAGAUAAAGUUGAUGUCUUCACGGUGGAAUGUGUGGACCUUGGAGAUCUGAAGAAGAUCAAGAUUGGCCACGAUAAUACAGGUCAUUCUGAAGGAUGGUUUCUGGACUGGGUUGAGGUGGACGCUUCUUGCCUUGGACUUUGCCUGAAGUUUCCGUGUGGCCGUUGGCUGGAUAAAUCUGAAGACGACGGAGCGACCGAAAGGGUCUUGUUUCCUGCAGAGCUGCAAACGACGACUUACACCCCAUUUGUUCCCUACGAAAUUACUGUUUACACCAGUGACGUUUUUGGAGCAGGUACCGAUGCUGACGUCUUUAUCGUUCUGUACGGGGCUGACGGCGUUUCCACUCAACAGAAGCCCCUGUGCCAAAACAAGAGGGAGCAAAGGAUGUUCUUCAAGAGGAAUUCUAUAAAUCAGUUCAUCGUAGAGCUAGAAGACGUUGGCGACAUCCUUGAAAAAAUCCGGAUUGGGCACGAUGGCUCGGGUAUCAAUUCAGGCUGGCACCUUGACCAAGUGGAGAUACGGAGGCUUUUGCCAAAUGGAAAGGGUUCUGAGAAAACCACAUUUCCAUGUGAAAAAUGGCUAGCAAAAUCUGAAGACGAUGGAGAAAUUAUGAAGGAACUGGUUCCAUCCAGAAUUUUUACUGAAAAACUAAUGAAAGAUGGCACCCUUAAGCAGAUUGAUGAAGAAAUUGAUGACUCACUGGAAAUCUAUUCGUACAAAGUCUCUGUUUUCACGGGUGAUAUUUACGGCGCUGGAACGGAUGCAAAUGUGUUCCUAACCAUCUACGGUGACUUGGGCGACACCGGUGAGAGAAAACUAAGGAAGUCUGAAACAAACACUAACAAGUUUGAAAGAGGACAGGAAGACAUCUUCACAAUGGAAGCCGUCGACCUUGGAACCAUCUGUAAAAUCAAGAUACGCCACGACAACACCCUGCCAAGGCCAGAUUGGUACUUGGAGAAAGUUGAGGUCCUGAAUGAUGCCACUGACAGUGUCUACCUAUUUGAGUGUGAACGUUGGCUGUCAAGGAAGAAGGAGGAUCUGAGCAUUGCGCGAAUCCUUUGGGAAAAAAACUAUGAUCCUGGCUGCCCGAGCGUAGGAAACGCAUCCCUGAACCGAGACAACAACGCCAAUCUAAAGGACAAGAAGACCAACAGCUCUGCACUCGAUGGGUCACUCAUUCCCUACCACAUCCUGCUCAUAACUGGGAAAGAAUACGACUCGAGCACCAGCAGCCGAGUUUUCAUAAUCAUCCUAGGUCCUCAGGAAAACUCCACAGGCCACAUGUGGCUCGAUCUCCCGGAAGGAAAGACCCAAUUUGCGGAGUCUUCUGUGGAGAAAUUCUCUGUUAUGGGAGUAGACGUUGGCGAAGUCAGAAAAAUUGAGAUUGGUCAUGAUGGGGCUACGCCAGAAAGCUCUUGGCUCUUGGAUGAAUUCAGUGUCACAGUGCCAACUAAGGGUGUGAUAUACACUUUUGUUUGCAAAUGCUGGCUGGCUCAGGAUAGGGGAGAUGGUCUCACCUCGCGUGUCUUCAACAUCCUGGAUGCAGAUUGCAUCAAUAUUGGCCUAAAGAUUCUCUAUGAAGUGACUGUAGAGACUGGAGAUUUGUCACAGGCUGGGACGGACACCGGCAUUUUUUUCACAUUCUUUGGAUCCAGUGGGUGUUCAGAAGAGAUUCAGCUGGAAAAAAAUGGAAACAGAUUUGAAAUUGGCCAAAAGGAUACUUUUAUCCUGGAAAUUCCAGAUAUUGCGCCACUUAAGAAGAUGCGAAUAAGGACGGACGGGACAGGAAGCCGCCCUGAUUGGUUUCUGGAACAGGUGACAAUGAAGAAUUUGUCCACUCAAGAAGUUGCCACCUUUACCUACAGUGACUGGCUCUCCAAGCAGUGGGGGGACAAUCUGAGCCUCCAAUGUGAGCUUGCCGCGAUGAUCGACGAUGAGCUGAUGAUGGAAGACACCACGUAUGUUAUUCAGGUGAAAACCAGCAAUAUCAGAGGUGCUGGAACCGAUGCCAAUGUGUCCAUGAUUAUUUGGGGAGAGAAUGGUGACAGUGGGACUUUGGCUUUGAAGGAAUCGAACAAGUCCAACAAGUUUGAAAAGAACCAGCUGGAUGUCUUCUAUUUCCCUGACAUCUUCAGUCUCGGGGAUCUCUGCAAAGUGCGUAUCUGGCAUGACAACAAAGGAAUCGCGCCAGGUUGGCAUCUGGAAUAUAUUGAUAUUGAAGACUCUCUCGUGGACAAAAUUUUCCGUUUCCAGUGCGACCGCUGGCUUGCAAAAGAUGAAGAUGACGGCCAGAUUAUACGGGAACUGGCUUGUGCCAAUAAUGACAUUUUGGAAUUGAAAGAACGAACCUCUUAUGAAAUCCUCACCAUUACCAGCAAUAAGGAGGAUUCGGAGACCAAGGAAAACAUAUCCAUUAUUUUUGAAGGCAAGAGAGGGCGUUCCAAAGAGUUCCUUCUGGAGAACUCCUCCAAAAAGAGAAGAUUCUUAAGAGGAGCAUCGGAUGUAUUCCAGUUUUCUUCAAAAAACGUUGAUGAUAUCGCCGCCAUCUGUGUUGGUCACUGUCCAAAAGACGGGAAGAGACUGAGGGCGAAACCGGACGUAUAUUGGCAUGUUCAGGAAAUCGUCAUUACAGAGAUGGAACUUGGCAACAAGUAUUUCUUCAAAUGUAAUGCAAAAAUUCCACUCCGCGCCAAAAGAGGAGACUACAAGGUUUUCGAGUGUGCCAAGGUGAUAGAAAGUUUCGCCAGCAAAGCUCGGAGUUUGGUGCCCGUCAGAUACGAAGUGAUUGUCGUGACAGGCUCUCAAAAAGGAUCUGGUACCGAUGCCAAUGUCCACAUCACCAUAUUUGGAGCGAACGGGGAUUCGGGCAAGCGGCGCCUAAAGCAGAAAUUCCGCAAUCUCUUUGAACGAGGCAGCACCGAUCGGUUUUACUUGGAAAUUCUCGAACUCGGCGAGUUGAAGAAAGUUCGCGUUGAGCACGACAGCAGUGGACUGUCUCCCGGGUGGUUGGUGGAACGCGUCGAGAUCACCAACUCGGCUACGGGCAUAACUACCAACUUUCCUUGCGGGAAGUGGCUGGAUAAGAAUAAAGGGGACCAGUUAACCUGGAGGGAAUUGUUUCCCAGAAGUUAA